AUGAAUUGCUUCAAGAUCCCAAAAGGUACCUGCAAAGAGAUAAAUGCCAUACAAAGGGAUUUCUUCUGGAAUAAAGAUAAAGACAAAUCUAAAGGAUUAUUCUACAUUGCUUGGGAUGUUGUCAACAAACCUAAGGAACUAGGAGGUUUGGGUUUCAAAAACAUGGAAUAUUUCAACCUAGCUAUGACCUCCAAAAUUGCUUGGAGAUUAAUUGAAGAACCAAAUUCUCUCUGGAGCAGUACUAUGAAAGCAGCCCAUUAUCCAAAUCAAGAAGUUAUUAGAAUAGAUACCAAACCAAAAACAACUGAUUCUUGGAUAUGGAAAGGAAUUCUAGAAGGCAUAUCUUACAUUCAACAAUACUACAUAUGGAAGAUUGAGGAUGGAACUAAAAUUCACAUCUGGGAGGAAAGAUGGAUUGCAAACUUUCCUGACAUCAUUCACAAACCCCCUCAUUGCCAUUCUAACCUCAAAACAGUUAAUCAACUUUUCAAUGUUCAUGGAGAGUGGGACACCACAAUCUUAGCUCUCUGGUUUACCCAAGACAUUCAAGACCUCAUAACCCAAACUCAUCAUAACCCUACCUCUGAAGAUACUAUAAGUUGGAGCUUGACUAAUACAAGGAAAUUCUCUGUCAAAUCUCUAUAUGACAAGCAGAUCAAUGAAAAGUAUGCUAAUGAUACUAUUAUAGCUCACUGGAAGCAGAUAUGGAGACUAGACACUACACAAACUAUCAAACUCUUCAUCUGA